CUCCAUUUUGCGAAUACGUGGAAAAGUACGUGAGAGGAAAUUUAUCGAAAAAUAUAACCAUAAAAAGUACACAAAAGAAGAUUUCUGAAUGAUUUUCUAGGCGGAAUUAAAGCUCAGCAGCUCUACACAGCGUACAAGAAACUCCAGACACUAAAACAACAACAUCAUCACAAACAAAUACUUUUGUGUGUGUGUUCAGUUUCUCUUCCGGUAUAAAAUCAACAUUUGAUCUGCUGUCAUGAGCUCCAGAAAGAGUCUCUCUGGAGAAAGUGACACAAACACAAUGAACAGUUUGACUCGUGGAGAAUCUCCUAAACCCAGCUGUGUGUCUAUGAAGAGUGAUCGAUCUAAAGAUCUUCCAGUUAACUUUAGUUCAGGAGACUGUGAGGAUACAGAUGUGAGUUUGACUCGUGGAGAAUCUCCUAAACCCAGCUGUGUGUCUAUGAAGAGUGAUCGAUCUAAAGAUCUUCCAGUUAACUUCAGUUCAGGAGACUGUGAGGAUACAGAUGUGAGUUCCACGACAGACGAAUCAAAGGCUAUUAAAGGGAAGCAAAUCAAUAAUAUUUUCAAGGAGGUUGAGCAAAAACUCAUCUCUCUGAUGAAGAAAGAGCUGAAGAUCUUUAAAAGUCUACUGAGUUCAGAUUACCCAUCAUGCUCUGAGAGAGAAGUGGAGGAUGAUGAAGAUCAGAUCAGAGUCAGAGAGAUGUUUCUGAAGAUCACCCUGAACGUCCUGAAGAAGAUGAAGCAGACAGACCUCGCUAACAAACUACAGACCAAACUUGCUCCUUGCCUGAAGAAACACAAAUCCAGACUAAAAGAGAAAUUCCAGAGAAUGAAUGAAGGAAUCUCAGCUCAAGGAAGCUCAACACUUGUGAAUGAGAUCUACACAGAGCUGUACAUCACAGAGGGAGGCAGUGAAGACAUCAAUAAUGAACAUGAGGUGAGACAGAUUGAGACAGCAUCCAGAAGAUCAGAGACACAAGAAACACAAAUCAAAUGUAAUGACAUCUUUAAAGUCUCACCUGAACAAAACAAACCCAUCAGAAGUGUGCUGACUAAAGGAGUCGCUGGAAUUGGAAAAACAGUCUCUGUGCAGAAGUUCAUUCUGGACUGGGCUGAAGAAAAAACAAAUCAAGAUCUUCACUAUAUUUCCACUUCUUUCAGAGAACUGAAUCUGAUCAAAGAGAAAAAUAUCAGUCUGAUGGAUCUUCUUCAUCAGUUCUUCACGGAUACAAAAGAACUGAGAUCAACAGACUUUGAUGAUUAUAAAGUUGUGUUUAUCUUUGAUGGUCUGGAUGAGUGUCGUCUUCCUCUAGAUUUCUCAAAGAAUCCGAGUUUGUUUGAUGUCAGAGAAUCAGCGUCAGUGGAUGUGCUGCUGACAAACCUCAUCAAGGGGAAUCUGCUUCCUUCUGCUCUGAUCUGGAUCACCUCUCGACCAGCAGCAGCCAAUCAGAUUCCUCCUGAGUGUGUUGAUCUGAUCACAGAUGUACGAGGAUUCAAUGACCCUCAGAAGGACGAGUAUUUCAGGAAGAGAAUCAAUGAUGAGAGUCUGGCCAACAGAAUCAUCUCACACAUGAAAUCAUCCAGAAGUCUGUACAUCAUGUGUCACAUCCCAGUCUUCUGCUGGAUUUCAGCCACUGUUCUCCAUAGAAUGUUGAGUGAAGCAGAGAGUCAAGCACAGAUCCCCAAGACUCUCACUCAAAUGUUCACACACUUCCUGAUGUUUCAGAUCAAACUGAAGAGUCAGAAGUAUGAUGGGAAAUGUGAGGUAGAUCUUCAGCAGGCUAGAAAGAGUCUUGAGUCACUGGGAAAACUGGCUUUUCAACAGCUGGAGAAAGGGAACCUGAUCUUCUAUGAGGAGGAUCUGAGAGAGUGUGACAUUGAUGUCAGAGUAGCAUCAGUGUACUCAGGAGUUUGUACUCAGAUCUUCAGAGAGGAGUUUGGACUGAACCUGGGGAAGGUGUUCAGCUUUGUGCAUCUGAGCGUUCAGGAGUUUCUCGCUGCUUUAUUUGUGUUUCUGUCACUUCUUCAGCAAACAUCAGGACUCUUCAGCAGAUUGAGAUCAAAUAUGAGUGAUUUACUGAAGAGUGAAGACAAGGCCUUACAGAGUGAGAACGGACACCUGGAUCUUUACCUCAGAUUUCUUCUGGGUCUUUCACUGGAGUCCAGUCAGACAAUCUUACGAGAUCUGAUGACACAGACAGGAAGAAGCUCUGACAGUAAACAGGAAAUAGUCGAGUACAUUAAGAUGAAGAUCAGAGAGAAUCUCUCUCCAGAGAAAUCCAUCAAUCUGUUUCACUGUCUGAAUGAACUCAAUGAUCAUUCUCUAGUGCAGGAAGUACAAACAUAUGUGAACAGAAGACAUGGGUCUAGUCUUACUGGAGUCCGUCUCUCUCCUGCUCAGUGGUCGGCUCUGGUGUUUGUGUUACUGAACUCAGAAGAGAAGCUGGAUGAGUUUAAUCUGAGGAAAUAUGAUCGAUCAGAUGAAUGUCUUCUGAGGCUUCUGCCAGUGAUCAAAGCAUCCAGAACAGCUGAUUUGAGUCGCUGUAAUCUGACAGAGAAAAGUUGUUCAUCACUGGCGUCAGUUCUCAGAUCAAACUCCUCAAGUCUGACAGAACUGAACCUGAGUGACAAUAAUCUGAAGGAUUCAGGAGUGAAGCUGCUCUCUGAUGGACUGAAGAAUACAAACUGUAAACUGAAGACACUAAAUCUGUAUGACUGCAGUAUUGGAUCUGAAGGUUGUGUUGCUCUGAGUUCAGCUCUGAGAUCAAACCCCUCACAUCUGACACGACUCAAUCUGAGCAGAAAUAAUCCAGGAGAUUCAGGAGUGAAGAUGAUCUCUAAUCUUCUGAAGGAUCCACACUGUCAACUACAGAAACUACUUCUGAGUGGCUGUAAUCUGACAGAGUAAAGUUGUUCAUCACUGGCGUCAGUUCUCACAUCAAACUCCUCAAGUCUGACAGAACUGAACCUGAGUCUCAAUAAACUGAAGGAUUCAGGAGUGAAGCUGCUCUCUGAUGGACUGAAGAAUACAAAAUGUAAACUGAAGACAUUAUAUCUGUAUGACUGCAGUAUUGGAUCUGAAGGUUGUGUUGCUCUGAGUUCAGCUCUGAGAUCAAACCCCUCACAUCUAACACGACUCAAUCUGAGCAGAAAUAAUCCAGGAGAUUCAGGAGUGAAGCUGCUCUCUGAUCUACUGAAGGAUCCACACUGUCAACUACAGACACUACUUCUCUGUGUCUGUAAUCUGACAGAGGAAAGUUGUUCAUCAUUGGCGUCAGUUCUCAGAUCAAACUCCUCAAGUCUGACAGAACUGAACCUGAGUGUCAAUAAACUGAAGGAUUCAGGAGUGAAGCUGCUCUCUGAUGGACUGAAGAACACAAACUGUAAACUGAAGACACUAAAUCUGUAUAACUGCAGUAUUGGAUCUGAAGGUUGUGUUGCUCUGAGUUCAGCUCUGAGAUCAAACCCCUCACAUCUGACACAACUGGAUCUGAGCAGAAAUAAUCCAGGAGAUUCAGGAGUGAAGCUGCUCUCUGAUCUACUGAAGGAUCCACACUGUCAACUACAGACACUACUGUUGUGUAACUGCAGUAUUGGAUAUGAAGGUUGUGUUGCUCUGACUUCAGCUCUGAGAUCAAACCCCUCACAUCUGACACAUCUGGAUCUGGGUUGUAAUAAUCCAGGAGAUUCAGGAGUGAAGCUGCUCUCUGAUCUACUGAAGGAUCCACAUUGUCGACUACACAAACUACUUCUGAGUGGCUGUAAUCUGACAGAGAAAAGUUGUUCAUCACUGGCGUCAGUUCUCAGAUCAAACUCCUCAAGUCUGACAGAACUGAACCUGAGUCACAAUAAUCUGAAGGAUUCAGGAGUGAAGCUGCUCUCUGAUGGACUGAAGAAUACAAACUGUAAACUGAAGACAUUACAUCUGUAUAACUGCAGUAUUGGAUCUGAAGGUUGUGUUGCUCUGACUUCAGCUCUGAGAUCAAACCCCUCACAUCUGACACAACUGGAUCUGAGAUUUAAUAAUCCAGAAGAUUCAGGAGUGAAGCUGCUCUCUGAUCUACUGAAUGAUCCACACUGUCAACUACAAAAUCUACUAUUAUACUGAAUUAUUAAUUUGCUGUAAGAAUUCUAAUGUUGGUGUUAAAUUCAGUAUUAUUAUUAAGGGGGACAUCAAAUGUCCAUUUUCCAUGAUUUGGUAUGAUUCUUUGUGGUCUUAAUGAUAAUAAGUUAGUGUGCAUCCCAUCCCUCUCUUCUAUCUAAAAGCUAGGAUUGGAUGUAAAGACAACUAUGAGUCUUUAAAUAAGGUUGUAUGCCAGAAUCACUUUUCAGUGAUCACUUUGUUUGCUUAGUCUCAGCCCCAGACGUCAUGCCAACGGACGGUUCACUAAACGUCUUAUGCAUAAGGCACACUUUUCUGGAAACACUUCAGCACGUUCAAAGUUAUCUGAUUUCCAGGAGACGUGCGCGCAAACAUAGCAUUAUACGUUAGCAUCAUUAUGUUCAGUUUACAAACUAUUUCUAGCUAAAAUAGCAAUAUGCAUUAGGGACAUUUGACCAACAAAAUUUCUGUUGAUAAAAAUGAGCAGCGCAUUCAUACGACGGAGCUGUACGCGCUUUGUCCUCUAAUAUCCUUAUUUAGCGCCAAAAGCACUCCGUUUACCCUUUUCACAUUGCUUCAAGCUUGAAAAAUGUUGUUGUCAAAACAAAAUGUUGUUCAACUGUUAAUCACUUUUUUGCUUCAUUUUUUGAUGGCUCAUGCUCUACAUGUUUGACUAUUUGUCAACUCGCAUUUUACCAUGUGUUGUGUCCUAUUAUCACCAAUUAUAUCUAUGGAGCCAAUGAUUUAAUUGUUACUAUUGUAUUCUUUAUAGAUUGAGUCAGAUAAUUUUGCUCUUAAAAUUCACCAGAUUGCAGCAUUUCCAUUUAAAAUAUGCAAAAUUUCCCCCAUAGUCUUCCUAAAAUCUGUGGGAAACAAGCAGAGCUCAACAUGUAUAUAAAUAUCCACAUAGUCCAUCUGAAAAAUGAUUUGAAUGUUGCGAGUCUGUGAAUGUUUAGAGAUGUUAUCGUUGUAUGAAAAAAGGUAAUUCUAUUGGUCAAAUGUUUUUACUCGCAAUCAUUUUUUUCAUUAAAAUUUAAAAUCCAUAGAUCUUGUGUAUAUUCUGGCAUCUGAAAAAAAAACAGUAACUGUCAAUGUGUCAUUCUAAUUCAUUCUAAGAUCCAUCCAUCCAUUUUCUACCGCUUAUCCGAACUACCUCGGGUCACGGGGAGCCUGCGCCUAUCUCAGGAGUCAUCGGGCAUCAAGGCAGGAUACACCCUGGAUGGAGUGCCAACCCAUCGCAGGACACACACACUCACUCAUUCACUCACGCACUCACACCCUACGGACAAUUUUUUCCAGAGAUGCCAAUCAACCUACCAUGCAUGUCUUUGGACCAGGGGAGGAAACCGGAGUACCCGGAGGAAACCCCCGAGACACGUGGAGAACAUGCAAACUCCACACACACAAGUCGGAAGCGGGAAACGAACCCCCAACCCUGGAGGUGUGAGGCUAACGUGCUAACCACUAAGCCACCGUGUCCCCCAUUCAUUCUAAGAUCAUUCUAAUAAAUAAUAUCUAAUUAAUAAAUAAAUGCAGUCUCCCGGUGAGCAAGCCAACACUGCCCUGCUGUGGCGAGGAACCCACACUCUGAUAUAUGAUUGAUUAAUGGAGAAAAAAAAGUCGGGAGAAACCAGGCUCAGCCGGGAGGGCCAGAUCCCCUCUAACGUGUAAUAGCUACACUCAGUGACCCAGACCAAAAGCCACCGAGCAAAUAUCCAUGAGGAAGAGGUAGAGCCCACCAUCUGCAACCCAGAAAGUCCCACUCAACGAAAACCGUGCAGGUUCAACCCCGUCCCACUCCACAAUCUACACCAGAAACAGAGGAACAACCAGGGAAAAUAGUAAUGGCAUGUUGUAACUUUAUUCCUCUGUUGUCCGACAUUGACCACAAAACAAGGCCAAAACGGACCCACACAGCAGAUGAAUCCCCACAACCAACAAGCCCCCUCACUCCCCACAAACACCCAGCCAACAACCUCCAAUCAGGACCACUGAAUGCAGCUAUAACUUCAAACUGCUGACAUCUGAUGUGAGUUUAGCAUUAAAUUAAAUUAAAGUAUUGUAGCUUCAGCAUUAAUGUGACAAGUAGUAAAUUUUUGGUGGUGGAAUUGCCUUAGAUGGAGCUGGGAUGGCCAGUCAGUCUGCAGCUGUAGCUGGUGUAAACUCUAGGUGGGGAUGGGCAUAUGUCGAUCAUCUGGACAUCGUGGAAUUUCUUCCUACCUCGGGAUGGGCAUCCCGAGGCGAAGGCAGAAAGAGAAUGAAUAGCGUAGCUGCUGUUCAUUAACUCUGCAUUAAGUGAAAGCUUGGCUGUGUCUUUAAUCUAGAUUUAAAUUGGGAGACUGUGUCUGAUCCUCGAAUAGUAUCAGUAUUCCAGAGUUUAGGUGCUACGUAUGGGAAAGCUCAACCCCCUUUGGUGGAUUUAGUUAUUCUAGGUGUUAUCAAAUGUCCUGAGUUUUGAGAUCUUAGAGAGUGGUAUGGGUUGUAAUGUGAUAAAAGCUCAGUUAAGUAUGUAGGGGCUAAACCGUUUAAGGCUUUGUAACUAAUGAAAAUAAUUUUAAAAUCAAUACAAUACUUAAUGGGUAGCCAGUGAAGCGAUGAUAAAACUGGGGUUAUGUGAUCGUAUUUUCUUGAUCUGGUAAGAACUCUGGCAGCUGCAUUCUGAACUAACUGUAGUUUGUUUAUUGAUGAUACAGGACAACCACUGACUUGAGCAUUACAAUAGUCAAGUCUUGAGGUCACAAAUGCAUGAAUAAGCUUUUCUGCGUCAGCAACACAUCAAAUAUUUCUUAAUUUGGCAACAUUUCUAAGGUGGAAGAAGGCUGUUUUUGUGAUGUUUGAGAUGUGAUUUUUAAAUGACAGGUUGCAGUCUAGUAUAACGCCUGGGUCUUUAAUUUUAUUUGUUGGAGUAACAGUGCAGCCCUCAAAAUAUGCUGGUUGUAAUCUGAGAUAUUCUGUUUACGUGUUUUUGGUGCUAUAAGUAAUAUUUCUGUUUUGCUAGAGUUUAAAAGAAGGAAAUUACUAGUCAACCAAUGUUUUAUGUCCUCGAUGCACUCUGCCAGUUUGGAUAGCUCGAAGGAAUCAUCUGGUCUUGAUGAGAUAUAUAGCUGAGUAUCAUCUGCAUAACAGUGGAAACUAAUUCCAUGUUUUCUAAUAAUGUUGCCAAGGGGGAGCAUGUAUAUGGAGAAAAGCAGGGGUCCUAAAACCGAUCCCUGGGGUAAUCCAUAUUUUACUUGCGUGAGAUUUGACGAUUUCCCAUUGAAAUGGACAUAUAGAUAUCUGUCUGUUAUGUAAGAUCUGAACCAUUUUAGUGCCUGUCCCUGAAUACCGUUAUAAUUGUGUAAACGAUCUAAUAGUAUUUUAUGGUCUACACUUGUAACACUCCAGCCUAUGUUCCCCUUGUGUUCUGCCUUGUUCAUUGUUUACACCUGUCCCUCAUCAUUGUUAAAAUAUUCCCGCACCUGAUUUUGUUUUCCCUGAGUGUUUUCCCCGUGUAUUUAAGCCCUGUGUGUUCCUUAGUUCUUUGUCGGGUAUUGUAUUGUAAAACCUGGUUGUGUCUCCCGUGUUUUCCCACUCCUGUGUUUGUCUUAUGAAACCCCGUGGAUUGUACCUGUUGCGUCUCCGUUGUCUUCAUCUGGCGUCCCGUGUUACAGAAUACUCGACCCAAAAAAGGUAUGGAUUUCUUGUGGCUCAACAUCUCUCCAGAGGACGGCCAUCCUGGCUGAGAUGGUGUGUCAAGUUGUCCUCUGAGGGACAGAUAUGUGGAGGAGAGAUAUGUGGAGGACUUUCUGGAGCUCAGUCAGCAGCUGGGUUGGGACGAUCGCUCCCUGAACGCGUGCUUUGUGAUGGGGUUGGAUGAUGACUCCCAUCAGUGUCUGGCACCCGAGUUUAGGGACAGACCCGUUGGGGAGUUUAUCAGCCUCAUCCAGUGGAUAAUGGAAUCUCGCCCCAGUGUGGGCGAGACCAUCCUGGGUGAGGUUGAUCAUCCAAGCAUAUCACAUGCAUUGAGCGACCUAACUCACCUCACCCCGGAGUCCUCCACCGGAGACAGAGUCCACAGUAAUCCUGGCCCCUUAUAGCCGGUCCCGUCCGGCUAUUUGUGGCUCUUGGAGCCGGUCCCUUCCGGCCUUCCAGAGCCCCUCCAGGCGAUCCCGUCCGGCCUUCCAGAGGCCCUCCAGCCGGUCCCGUCCGGCCUUCUAGAGACCCUCCAGCCGAUCCCGUCCAGUCCUUCAUUGGUCACUGGGCCGGCCUGCCUAGGGGGCCCCAUACGGGCAGGACGUCCCCGAUCGACCAGACCGACCGUCUGGUCUCCCGAGCCGCCGUCACCCUCCAGGCCUCCCGAGCGGCCGUCACCCUCCGGGCCUCCAGAGCGCCCGUCACCCUCCGGGCCUCCAGAGCACCGUCACCCUCCAGGCCUCCCGAGCGCCCAUCACCCUCCAGGCCUCCCAAGCGCCCGUCACCCUCCGAGCUGCCGGCUCCUGGACCCAUUGAACUCUGGUGCCGGCAGCACCGUCCUGUGUGCCUGCGUGCAGGGGGGGGUACUGUUACACUCCAGCCUGUGUUCCCCUUGUGUUCUGCCUUGUUCAUUGUUUACAACUGUCCCUCGUCAUUGUUUAUUAGUCCCGCAUCUGACUCUGUUUUCCCCGUGUAUUUAAGCCCCAUGUGUUCCUUAUUUCUUUGUCGAGUAUUGUAUUGUAAAACCUGGUUGUGUCUCCCGUGUUCUCCCACUCCUGUGUUUGUCUUAUGAAACCCCGUGGAUUGUACCUGUCACGUUUCCGUUUGUCUUCAUCCGUCUUCCCGUGUUAAAACAGUAUCGAAAGCAGCACUAAGGUCGAGCAGGACUAAGAGUGAGAUGUUACCUUUAUCUGAUUAGUAGAUGUUACCUUUAUCUGACCUUUAUCCCAAUUAGAAGGUCAUUUGUAAUUCUAACAAGCGCAGUUUCAGUGCUAUGAUGCGGUCUAAAGCCAGAAUGAAACAUUUCGUGCAUGUCAUUAUUUUGUAGGAAAGAGCACAAACGAGUGGACACUACUACAGUUGAGAUCUAUUUUUAAUACAUUUGAAAUUUGUAUUUGAAAUUAAUUAUUUGAUAGUUUUUUUCCUCUACUUUUAAAACAUUUAACAGGUUUCAUUGUCUAUUAAUUAGUCAUUUUUAUUGAAAAAAGCCACUUGUAUAUAAAGUUAAAAUCCCUUUAAUUCACCACGCUACAUCAUUAAAGUUGUGUAAAGUAGAUCUGCACUUUCAACAAUUUUUAUGAAUUGCAGGUGAAUAAAAUGCUUUUUAACUUCA